GGGCUAGUGACCAGGAUCGCCCUGACCCAUGCCGUACACAGGGAUUUCCGCCAGGAGUGGGAGGGUAGGGCGUCCCGGGGCACAGAGGACGUCCUCAGCCCAGCAGGCAGCCCUUGAUUACACGCGCCUUUCAUCCUUGGGGAUAUCGUUAAGCUGCAGACCACUGGCAGGCGUGGGGUGGGGCCCAGGCCAGCGUGCGCGAGCCCUUUAAGGCCGGCGAGGCCGAGGCAGGCGGAAGCGGCGAGUGGAUGGCAGCGCGCGCCGGCGCCUCCGCGAGCCGCCAUGGACGUGGGCGCCGACGAGUUUGAGCAGAGCCUCCCGCUGCUGCAGAAGCUGCUCCGGGAGGCCGACUUCGUGGGUCGCUUUGAGUCGGGGAAGAGCCAGACGUCUCCCAGGUGCCAUGUCGAGAGAGUAGGGUGGACGUGGGCACACUCGCGCUGAGCCAACCUCUAUAGGGGAUGGCAUCUGGCAGCAGCGUUCGCAGUAUGUCUGGACAUAGAGUUCACUGGACUUCGUUCUAACCUGUCCACGCUCCAGCAGAUCAGGAUUGUCUGUAUUCUCCAGUAUUGAAGAAGAGUCAAACAUGUUUAUAGCCCAUUCGUACAACUUCUUUCUCUUUCCUACAACAUUUGGGAUUUUGGACACAGAAUUCUCUUUCCAGGCAUCUAGUGUUCAGUUUUUGAAUCAAUAUGGCUUCAACUAUAACAAGUUUCUCAAAAAGGGAAUCCCCUAUAUGAAUGAAGAACAGGAGAAGAAAAUUAAGCGUAGUAUCCUGACAGGGAACUGGAAAGUUCGCAGCUCUCUGGAUAAAGACCAAGUCAAGGUGGUGAUUGAUGAGGUGACGAGGUGGCUGGACCUGGCCGAGGAAGGUGACCAGAUGACUCUGCCUGGUAUCACUGGGUUCCAGGCCUUUGAGGUGCAACUGGUGCUGAGGCAGGCCCUGCCCAACAUCUGGACAGUGCUGAGAGAUCAGGGGGUGAUAGUGAAGAAGGUGAGCCAGCAGCAUCGCUGGUACCUUGAGCACGCCUCUGGUGAUCGAGACAGCUGUUGGAAGGAGCAGAUUCUUCUCUCUGCAAGGGGUUUUUCUGUCUUUUUCCAGAUGCUGGUGCAAGCCCAGAAGCCCUUGGUGGGGCAUAACAUGAUGAUGGAUCUGCUGCAUCUCCAUGAGAAGUUCUUCAGACCCCUCCCAGAAAGCUAUGAUCAGUUUAAACAGAAUAUCCACAACCUAUUUCCUGUUCUUAUUGACACCAAGAAUGUUACAAAGGAUAUCUGGAAGGAACUGCAUUUCCCACGGGUUUCCAACCUCUUGGAAGUAUAUGAGGUGCUGAGCAGUAACUUGAAUCCCACCAAGGAUUCUGCACCAGUGAUUGUUCAUGGAAACAAAUGUGAGAAGUAUGCCAAGACCAAGUAUCCCCAUGAAGCAGGCUAUGAUGCCUUCCUGUGUGGGUCAGUUCUUUUGAAAGUGGCGCACCUGCUCCUACAAAGAAUACAUGGCGAUGUUUCCACGUCUGAGCCCUCCUUCCCGCAGUACCUCGAGGUGCUGGCUCCUUAUGUGAAUCAAGUGAAUCUUAUCCGAGCGGGGGUCCCUAAAAUUAACUUCACAGGCCCGGAUUACCCCAGUGUCCGGCCGCCCAUCCUCAUCCUCACCGUCAGGAGGUGGCCUGGGCUCAGUGAGCAACAAGUCUACAGCGAGUUCCAGAACCUCUGCAAGUUCGAUGUCAGACGGCUCACUCGAAGCCAGUUCUUGCUCCUGACCAAUAAGUUUAAGGAUGUCCGCAGUGUCCUGAAGGAGUACAGGUGCCACCCAACCCUGCAGAUAUCCCUGUACCGAUACUGGAGACACUCCCCUGAUGUCAACUGCGUGCUACGAGUCUGUAGCAUCGUUGCUGCCUGGGCCCUGCUCGGAUUUCUUCUGGGAAGAUCCAGCCGCUGAGUGCAGCCAGCCUCUGGAAGCCUCUGUCCCUUUUUAUCCCCAGUCCUUCCUGGGAUGGCCCCUCUGGAUUUUCUGUAAAUCCUAUUUUGUUUGCAUGUGGAUCUGCAUGGUCUUUACUGUCACUUUUGUUGUUUUGAGAGUGAAAUUCUGUGUAUACCAUAAAUGAUGAAGAGAUUCUUGUAUAGAAUACCUUUGUGUGUGGCCACCACUUUCUGUGUGUAACUGGGAGAAGUCAUGGCCUCUGGUGAUUUAAGCCAGUGCUCUGGCAUCUCUAGAACAGACGGUUCAUCAGGAGCCACCCACCAAAUGAGUGAAAGGCCAUGUCAUUUAUGGGAGAGAAAUUAAUGACCAACAGCUGUUGGGGAUUUAGGUCUGAGAAAGAGCUUUUUUCAUGAAGGGAAAAAGUAAAGCUUGGAAGAAUUUAAUGACAUGCACUGGUAACAUUUUUGAUAAAUAAAGUAUCUCAAACCAUUAAAA